AUGUCUAAUUCUUCAGACGGUGAUCAUGACUCGAGAACCGCCUCGGUAGGGGCCCAGCGGAUUCGUGGCAAUGGCUCCAGCACCUCUUCGCGACAGAGCCCCAUGGAUCCACCGAAUUCGAAACGACAGCGACGCAAUGGAAAGGCCGAUAACAGGGACGUUCAUGAUUUCGUGCCUCGUGGUGCCUCAUUCAGUGCCAAUUCUUUGGAGGUUGAUCCGGACAGCACAUCGUCGUCGGGAUUCGAUUCCGAUUCCAACUCCGACUUUAGUGACGAGACAAGUUCGUCUGGCGAGGAGGAUUCGGGUCCCCAGGAGGGCAACCCUGGAGGAGCGUCGACGGUCAGGUGGAACAGGGGCAGCAAGAGUGUGAUUCGGACAUCGCUCAGUAGUCGAGGGAACAAACCAGAUGGCAACGCCAAGCAAAGCUCGCAAUUCGAUGCUGUCAAUAACAAGUACUGGCGCAGUCGCAGUGCUUCCGCUUCCGCCAGUGAUGAUAGCCCCAAACCACACAACAAUAGACCGGAUCAUACGGCCCCGGAAGAGGGAGAGUUACAGGAAGAUACCACGGUGGCAUCUAACCAAAUGCAUCUCUCGGAUGAUUCCGAUGACUCGGAUUCGUUAGUCUCGGAGGCCGACGAUUCGAUAUUGUUGAAUAUUGGAACACGUGACCAGGACCAGGGCAACUUUGGCCAGAAACGAAAGCGCUCGUCUCCCGCAGAAGAUGGCGAUGAUUAUGAUCCCGAGACCUUACCCAUGUCCGAGGUUCUAUCGAGCGGCAAGGCGUCUGAUUUGCAAAACCGUACCGCUCACGGUUCUUCGAAGGAGGAAGCGUUCCGCCGCUUCUCUGAGAAAUACCCUGCGACCCCCUCCACCCUGGCUGACCUAGACCGUAGCGACAUGGAGAGCCAAGCGAGGUGCUUGUUCUAUGAUCGUGACAUUAAUGACAUCGACCUUCAAUUGCCGAUCGCUUGUACUGAGUGCUUGCGGGAGGGUCACCUCGCCGAGGUCUGCCCGUCCAAGGAGUGUGUACACUGCGGAGCUUGGAAUCAACACCAGAGCAGUUUCUGUCCGAAAUGGAGAAGAUGCCAACGGUGUCGGGACCGGGGCCAUGAUGAACCGCAAUGUUCAUCGGCUCUGAAAAGCUCUGCAUCUGAAAUCCCCUGUGACCUGUGUGGAUCGUCCGCACACCUGGAGCGUCAAUGUGACUUGAUGUGGAAAAUCCCCCGACAAGACCCCCCGAUGGGACCCGUGCUUGUCUCCCUUUCAUGCUCGCAUUGCACCAGCAACCGCCACCUCGUAGGCGAUUGCCCAUCCCUGCCAAGACCCAUCCCGUCCUCAUCAUGGACACUCCGGGGGAUCGAUCCCAGCAUGGUGACCAACAUCAACUCGGUCAUUGGCAGCAGACGGGGAGGCGCUCCGUCCCGAGGCGGCCAGCGUGGCAUGAGGAUCAAGGGCCGUGCGAACCAGCGGUCGCCGUCCCCAGAUAGCGACGACAUGAUGUCUCGCCCACGGCAGCUUCUGGGUCGCAAUACGCAACGGCCCAAUAUCCGUAUCGGGGGCGGCAUAGGAAAGAAUCAUAGCCUUGCGCCGGCAGACACGCGAGCCCCAGUAAAUGAUGCACGUCAGAUUUACCGCGAUCGCCAGGAUUGCCAGCGAGGCAAUGGACGCCAGCGCUCAUGGUCUCCUAACCCUCCUCCGGGCCGGAACCGAAAACCGGAUAGCCGACAACCCGCGCCUCGCUCCCCGCCACCCAACCGAUCCAAACCGCCUCCGCGCAGGGGCGGAGCAGAUCGGGGCGGUCGUGGAGGGCCGCGCGGAGGUGGAAAGCGAGGCGGUGGAGAUACGUAUCGUCCGUUGCCCAGUGCCGCCAAAGAGGCCUGGGAUCGGUACCGUCUUUGA